AUGAGAAAAAACAUGCCACCCAGUUCAGACUCUAGCUUUGACAAAAGCAUGGAAAUAUUAAGUGAAAAUGUCAAUCGAAGACACUUUACAAGGCAGUUGGCAAAGCUGAAAUCAGGCCAGAAAAAAGAAGACUAUAAAGAAGUCACCAGAAUAUUGAAGACCAGAGCUGAUGCAAAAGCUGCAGAACAAGUCCAUGAAGAAAAUGGAGAUCUGGAGGUCCGCCGAAGCUGCAGACUUCGACGAAGUCGUUACAGCACUACAAAUGAAUCUGUUUUGUUCGACAAACUUAUAACAAAUACUGCAGAAGCAGUCUUGCAAAAAAUGGAUGACAUGGAGAAGAUGCGUAGACGCCAAAUGAUGGAAGACCUUGGGGUGUUCCAUGAUGCAGAAGAAGAAAACCUCGAUAUCUACUCCCGAGGACAGAACGAAAUCCAAAGAGCUGACAAAGAAAUAGCUGAUAAUCAAGGUAGCCUUAUAGUAGUUUCAUCAGAAGAAAGUGAAGAUAAAGAUGACGAUGUGGAAGACACUCGAAAGCGUUACUACUUUCGACAGAGGAAAGCUGUUGAGCGCUAUCAAGCUCCACUGGAAAAACCAAGACAACGUAAGAUAUUUUUUUCGAGCCGGUCUUCCCCUGUCAGACAGAGAUACUCCUUUAGAAGUGCUCAGUCACAAGGCUCAUGCUGCAGAAAUACCGGCAGACGGAGACACGCAGUCCACAACAGUGACUCUACAUCCUCUUCCUCAUCUGAUGAUGAAGAGCAUUUUGAGAGGCGCAGGAAGCGCAGCCAUAGCAGAGCUUUGAGAAGGUGUCUUCCACUUAACUUUGGGGAAGAGGAGUUAAAGGGAAUUCACCAGGAUCAAAUGGAAAUCGGAGCAAGUCUGGCUGAUGUGGAUCCAAUGAAAAUAGAUUGUUCGGUACGAUUUGAUGGCGUGGGUGGCCUUUCUGACCACAUUUCAUCUCUAAAAGAGACGGUCGUUUUUCCCUUGCUUUACCCGGAAGUCUUUGAGAGAUUCAAAAUUCAGCCGCCAAGACGCUUUCUAUUCCAUGGUCCACCAGGAACUGGAAAGACACUGGUUGCUCGUGCCCUUGCUAAUGAAUGUAGCCAAGGUGCCAGGAGAAUAGCCUUUUUUAUGAGAAAUGGUGCCGACUACCUGAGUGAAUGGGUGGGAGAAUCUGAACGACAGCUUCAUUUAUUAUUUGAUCAGGCCUACCAGAUGCGACCUUCCAUUAUUUUCUUUGAUGAGAUAGAUGGUCUUGCUCCGGUGCGGUCCAGUAGACAAGACCACAUUCACAGCUCUAUUGUAUCAACACUUCUGGCACUUAUGGAUGGCUUAGACAGCAGAGGAGAGAUUGUGGUAAUCGGAGCCACCAACAGACUGGAUUCUGUAGAUCCAGCUUUGCGAAGACCCGGACGCUUUGAUCGAGAGUUCCUCUUCAGCUUGCCGAAUAAAGAGGCUAGAAAAGAGAUUUUCAAGAUUCACACACGAGACUGGACCCCUAAACCAUUGGACAUGUUUCUUGAAGAGCUAGCUGAAAAAUGCGUUGGAUACUGUGGCGCUGAUAUUAAAUCCUUGUGUGCUGAGGCUGUCUUGUGUGCUUUGCGCCGGCGCUAUCCUCAGAUCUACCAAAGUAGUGAGAAACUGCAGUUAGAUGUCGCUUCUAUUGAAAUAACAGCGAAGGAUUUUGUCGUGGCGAUGCAGAAGACUGUUCCAGCUUCACAGAGGGCUGUGGCUUCACCUGGGCGAGCGCUACCACCUAUGUCAAAACCACUGCUGGAAAACACACUAGCAGGAAUUUUAGAAGCCUUGCAGAGAGUAUUUCCCCAUGCAGAGCUUGCGCUAGAGAAGAACCAACAGCAAGUUUAUACGCUAGACCUAUCCAUUUUGUUUGCUAGCACCACAUUACCAGAAGAAACAUGUGCACAGUUGAUGCGAGACGCUCAAAGAAUGACACCAAGUAUAAUUUAUAUCCCCCAUAUUCAUUUGUGGUGGGAGGCUGUUGGAGUUGCACUGAAAGCUACUUUUAUGACACUACUGCAGAACAUUCCGACAUUUGCUCCAGUUUUGCUGCUUGCAACAUCUGAUGUGUGUCACGCAGAUCUCCCAAAAGAGAUAAAAGAAUUGUUUAUUAAUGAUUAUGGAGAAGUUUUCAAAAUCCAGUUGCCUACCAAGGAAGAAAGAAGAAUGUUUUUUGAGGACGUCAUUAUCAAUCAAGCUGCUAAAAGUCCUGUGUCAAAAAGCAACGCAGCUUGGCGGACGUUGGAAGUACUGCCUGCAGCACCGCCGCCUAAGCCUCCGCAGCUGACAGAGGAAGAAAUAAAGCGGCUGGAGGAGCAGGAGGAGGAUACUCUGCGUGAACUGCGGAUUUUCUUAAGGGAUGUGACUCACAGGCUUGCCGUUGACAGGCGUUUCAGAGCAUUUACGAAGCCUGUUGACCCAGAGGAGGUACCCGAUUAUGAGUCAGUUAUUAAACAGCCCAUGGACCUUUCGACAGUUCUGUCUAAGAUUGACUUGCACCAAUACCAAACCGCAGGAGAUUUUCUAAAAGACGUCGAUCUAAUCUGUAGCAAUGCUCUAGAGUACAACCCAGAUAAAGAUCCUGGAGAUCGUCUCAUUAGGCACAAAGCUUGCACUUUGCGCGAUACUGCAUACGCCAUAGUGAGGGAAGAAAUGGAUGAAGACUUUGAACAGCGCUGUAAAGAAAUCAAAGAAUCUCGUCUGAAAAGAGGUUGCACCUCUUCCAAGUAUGCUCCAUCUUACUACCAUGUCAUGCCCAAGCAGAACUCUGUUCCUGAGUGUACGAAAACAGACCCGAAGUGUAAGGAAAAAAUGAAGAUAACGAAGAUGCCAGCAGCGCCUGUAGAUUCCAGUACACCCCGUGCUAACGAUAGGUCAAAAAGAAAACGCAGAAUGAACAAAAGAUCUGCAGGUAUUGCAGCAAAGAAGAAGAAUUUUCAGUUCAAUAAAGAGAAUAAAGUUCCGGAAGACCAAAAUGAAGCCGAGAGUGAUGAAGAGCCUUCAGAAAAACAUGUUUCUAACACCGAUUUCACUGAAGGUGGGUCCACACAGGAUUCUUCUAUGGAAGAAAAUGAAAACGUCCUUCAAGAACGACAGAAAAAUGGGAAGGAAAAUAAAUCUGGGGCUGAAAAUGAGAGAAGGUUAGUUGUGUUUGUGGCGAAAUCGGCUUCUGAAAAGAAGAGUGUCGUGCUUCCUGAACAUUCCGAGCGAAGAAAGGAGAGUGAAAUGCUGGAUUGCCAAAUAGCAGAAAGUUCUGCAGACGGAGAUUCAAAUGAUUCAUUGGUACACUGUGUGGCUCAGGCGAGACAUUCUUGGAUGGAAGAGCAACAGGUGAUGGGUGUCGAGAAAGCAAAGGGAAUUCUCACCCAGCCAGUGAUUGUGGAUUACUGUGAGCUCAAACAACUGCUGCAUUUUGUCACUGUGACAACAAAGAACUUCAAUAUAUUUCAGUUGGAAAGACUGUAUGCUAUUCUCAGUCAGUGCAUUUACCGCCAUCGGGAAGAUUACGACAAAACCGAAUUGGUGAAGGAAAUGAAGAAAGAAAUUGCAGCCUUCACUCACACUCAGUGA